AUGUCAUCUACUGGCACUGUGAAAUGGCUAUACAGAGAGUUUGGUGUGGAUUCUGUAUAUCAGACUGGCCCUGAUACCUGGUUCGUGAUUCUUGCGAGAACAUGCCGAAUGUUUGCAUUCGGGGCCACCUCCUUGAUCAUUGCCUUAUUCAUGUCAUCUCUACACUACUCCGACCUCAAGAUUGGUUUAUUCAUGACCAUGACACUGGUUGGAGACGUCGCUCUCUCGCUGCUCGCGGCCCUGGUGGCUGACCGUGUUGGCCGUCGUCGCAUCCUCUUCCUUGGAGGUGCCCUCAUGGUGCUGUCGGGCAUGGUAUUCGUCUUCUUCGAGAACUAUUGGAUUUUACUUCUGGGUGCUGUUGUCGGUGUAAUUAGUGCAACAGGUGGUGAUUUUGGCCCCUUCCGCUCUGUCGAGGAGUCGACGAUAUCACAUCUCACGACGCCUUCUACACGGACUGAUGUCCUCUCCUGGUACGUUACUACGUCAACUCUGGGCUCAGCCGUUGGGGUCGAGGUUGCUGGCCGCAUGGUCAACUUCCUGAAGAAGAUAAUGGGCGUAAGGGGCACUAUCACGGAUGUGUAUCAUGCCAUGUUUUGGGUUUACGUGGCCAUGGGCAUCAUGACCAUGAUCUUUGCCUGCCUUAUGAGCAGGAGGUGCGAAGCCGUUGAGCCAGUCGAAUUGGACGUUGAUGGGUCUCGACAAACAGAAUCACUGCUUGGUGCGACAUCGACAGGCGAGACAAGCAGUAACCAGGAUGGGGACAAAGGCAGGCCGUCACACUGUGUCGGUACACCCCCAAAGCACAAUCGAUGCUCUCCAAGCUCGCCUGAGCCUCAAAAUUGGCUGCACAAGCUCUGGAACGACAGCAAAUUCACGAAGAUCUCAUCUGAUUCGCGACCUGUGGUAGUUAAGCUAUGGAUUCUCUUGGCUAUCGACUCUUUGGCCGACGGAAUGGUCUCGUACGCGCUGACCAACUACUAUCUCGCACGUAAAUUUGGCCUUGCAGAGUCAUAUUUGGGAGAUAUCAUGUCAAUCAGCUAUCUACUCAUGGCAAUCUCGACCAUAUUUGCAGGGUCUCUCGCUCGACGCCUAGGGCUCAUAAAUACCAUGGUAUUCACGCAUCUGCCAUCAUCCAUAGCUGUCUUGUUGUUUCCAAUACCGCAGAGCGUUGGGAUGAGCAUUAUAUUACUCUUCAUACGCACAGGUCUGAACAGCAUGGACCAGGGGCCGAGGGCUGCGUUCAUUGCAGCAGUAGUGAAGCCGGAGGAGCGCACUGCAGUCAUGGGCAUCACGGCUACGCUACGGACGUUAGGGUCGACUAUUGGACCCAGCCUCACAGGUUUCCUUGCAAACACUGAUAUGUUUUGGAUUGCCUUUAUAGUCGCGGGAGCACUACGUAUUGGCUACGAUCUUGGACUAUUCUUCCUCUUUGUAGACUUGAAGAUGCAUGCUCAUGAGCAGAUAGACGGUUUGGUACAGGCUGGUGAGACUGCCUCUGGCGGGUCUGAACAUGCUGUUAAUAGAGGUACAGCGACUGACGAGCUUAGUUAG